CGCUCAAAGCCAGGAAACAGGAUUAGUGUCACCAACAAUAAUGGUGCCUGCAUUUUACACCCUCCAUCACUUUCUACUUUCCCUGCUCUAUAGGUUCACCCGUAAUUUUUUUUUCUGCCUCUUGCUUGGUGAGGAUGAAGUGGACACAGAAGGAAGAUGGGCAGCCCACAGCAGCUUCACAAAAAGGGGAGCAUGGCUCCACUUUCUGCUGCUGACAGGGACCAGACAGAGGGAAAACCCCCUCUGCCCUCCCAGCUUCACUUUCCAGGACUUCACAGAGCCAAUCCCUUCAGGGAAGAGAGCCAGAUGUGACAAAACAUGAGGAUUUGCUUUGAAUGUGUGCAGGUUGGCACUCUCAGAGGACUAGGAACACGCAUGAUGCUGAAAUAAUUGAAGUAGAAAACGUUGGAGCUGAAACUAAGACCUAAAGGGAGGGAGGUGGAACACCUGCCUUCUCUCUGAUCACUGAAUAAGUGGGUGAAUUGUCAGCACAGGUGCAGCUACACAAAUAACUCUUUGCUUCAGUCCUCAGUGACAAACCUGGGACCAGGAGGGAUGAGCUCUGCCGUGCUCAGCUCCAGUCACACGUUGCAAUUUGGGUGCAGAUCAUCACCACCCAACCACAGAGCCAUGGAACAUUUAGGCUGAAAAGCCCUCUGAAACCAUCCAGUUCAUCACAAAACACUGCAGGAAUUUCUUAGGGAGGCAGGAAAAAUGUCACUAUUUGCAGCCUUUAAAUUUACUAGCACUAAAACCUGUAUUUGAUAAAUACGGACGGCAUCCUGGUUUUGGUAUUGGACCAGAAGCAGGCUUCCAUACUUAUAUAGUAUUUAAGCAGAAACCAGGGAAAAAAGGUCACAGAGUCUGUGAAUCAUCAUAGCCAUGGAUGAUUUUGUUUACAAAAUUUUUUUGGCUGAUUCAAAUAACUGUAAAUCUUUUCAGCUAUACAUUACCAACUCUGUAUUUUAAACACUAAAAUGCUUCAUUCCAACAGCCAUGGUCCAAGAAGAAAAUCAGUCCACAGAUAAAACUCAAAGGAUUUGUAGUUCUGCUCUGAUUUACCAGAUAUUUUCCUAGGAGAUGCUGCAGUAAAACAUUAAAGAGGAAGAGGAUCAUACUGGUGUUAACUGCAGCUUUUCUUUACAUGAAUCAUUUAUGCUUCACUGUAACAAGAUGUUUUCAACAUGGAUUUCACUUUAAUCUUUUACUUCAAUCCACUGAGUCCCACUGUGCCACGAGUGGUGAAAGGCUUAAAAAGAGUCACACCACCAAAAACGUCACAUCACAAAUAGAUGAAAUCUAACUGCACUUAGGGGAAGAAGGGGGAGGUACACAGAAAAGGCACAAAUCACAGAUGUGGUAGGGAUUACAGGUCUCUUACUUGCUGCUGCCACCACCCCUACCCUCAGGUUUCUCAGCUGCUGCUGGCAUGAAUUAUGUUUAACAGCUACUAAGGACAGUUUGCAAAGCAAUCAGGCCGCUGGUCCUGAUGCUCCUGCUCAAGGAUGUCCUGCAGAGGGGAGAGGGCAGGGGUCUAAGUGGGUAUUUGAAAAAUUAACACCCUUGGCUGUGUGGCAACAGGUCCAAACAACCCUAAGUAAGAGCUGGGUAUUCUCAGAGCCUCCUCCAAAAAGCCUGGGGAAGACAGAAAUCUCUCUCUUCACAAACAGCAAAGAGAAGGAAGCAAGGGAUAAGGAAGCAGCGAACACACUCCAGGUCUCCUUCCCAGGAGAUUUUCCUCAAGCUCCGAAGGGAACAGAGGGGCAGGAGCAGGGGUGAAGGGCCAAGGGGAGCCCUGCCAUUGCUGCUGGGGUGGGCGCUGGCUCCGGACACGGGGAAAGCGACAGCAGCGACCCAGCAGCGUCUUAUCCUGGCUCCGGGAGCCCUCCAGCGGCCCUGCAGCGGGAAUCACGGAAAGACUGGGAUGGGAGGCGCCUGGAACAUCAUCCCAUCCCACCCUGGGCACGGACAGCUUCCGCCAGCCCAGGCUGCUGCGAGGCCUGCCCAAGCUGUCCGUGAGGCCUGGGGGUGAUCUGUCCCUGUCACCGCCCAGGAGGGAGCCCACAGCAGCACCCCGGACACGGUGAGAUCAUUCUGGGACACACCAUUCCUCCCUCCCCCUGGCCUGAAGCAAAGGCAGCGAACCUCAAGGAGAGCCCAGACAGGGAAUUCACGCCCCAGGGUUGUUAAAUUUAGCCGCGAGAUCGCCACAAGGGAGACGGAGGGGGGAAAACACCAUCAGCUCCCCACAGGCUCUGUGGAUGGGCAAACAGUCAAUUUGCUAAAACUAAAUCCAGAAGGAAAGCAGCAAGUAUUUGCACAAAGAUGCUGGGCAAAAAGCUGGAAUUCAUCUCAUUUCUCAGGAGGGAAUGAGUCAUCACUCAUCAGGGCCCUGUGAGUGUGGACAGAGCAGGGUGCCAGGGGACACCAAACCACUCAUCCAGCAGUGAACCUCGGCACAAGUGCCUUCAAAAGAAGAGUGGUUUGGGGUUUUUUUCUAUACCUAGGGAUAGAACAACAUCCAGUGAGCACAAGGGGUAGAGCACAGUUGGUUUGAAGGCUCCAGGUGCAGGAGAAGGAAGGCAGGACAGUAAGAGUCUUGCUUGUCACAACCUCAGGCAGAUUGCGAGGAUUUCCUCUAGGCUGGUGAGUGGGUAGCAAAAGCCACCCCCUCUUGCCCCAUCACACACAUGGCAUGGAUGUUUGCAGCUCCAGUCUGCAAUUCCCUCCCUCUAGCUGGAAAAUGGUUAACACUUGAUUCCUUCUGGUGUAAUUUUCAUAUGACUGACCGCAGAACUAUUAAUACCUGAACCCAGAGCUGGUUCAGCUAAACAACUCACUCCCUCCAAGAGGAAGAAAAACCACAACUUCUCCUACCCCUGGAAAAAAAACCUUUUGUCACUGCAAGGCCGGCAGCUCAGAGGUAACGAGAUGGGUCUGGCUUGCUGAUGCCCCUCAGGGGAGAACGCCGAGCAGCAUGAGAGAGCUCGGCCUGGUGCUGCUGUGCCUCCUCCGCCUCUCCAGGAAGGGUGUGCAGUGCAAUGGCUGGUCUGUCCACGUCCCGUCUGACGUCACUGGAGAGCUUGGGAAGAUGGUUAUCCUGCCCUGCACCUUCACACACCCCUACAAAACAUUUGACCGCGCCCUCACGGCCAUCUGGAGGAUCAAGGAGCCCUACAACGGCACGGUGAUCUUCAAGUGUGUGAGCCAGAGCAGCAGCGAGCUCUGCAGGACUGCCAUCAGCCACAAGAACAAGUACAAACUGCUGGGCAACCCCCGGCACAAGGACCUGUCCAUCAGGGUGGACAACUUGACCUGGAGCGACAGCGAGAGGUACUUCUGUCGGGUGGAGCUGGCCGGAGAUGUCCAGGACAAGUACGAGAGCAGGAAUGGGAUAAAGCUGCACGUGAUUGCGGCCCCCAGGAUCAUUAACAUCACGGUCAGCUCCAGCAGGGACCACACCUUCCAGGCUCGCUGCACGGCCGAGGGGGAGCCAGCGCCCAUCCUGACCUGGACAGGACCCCCUUACAGCAACCUGAGCUCCAGCAGCAGCUCCAGCCACCGCAUCACCAAGGAGCUGCACUCCCUGACCCACGAUGGGAAAUACACCUGCACCGCCGUCAACAGCCACGGCAGGGCAGAGGGGGCCGUCUACUUCUACAAAUUCAGAGCCUCCGACAGCUCCUCCUUCAUGAUCUUGAUCUUCGUCCCACUGGGAAUCAAGGUGGUCAUUUUGCUGGCGAUACUGAGCUUCACUGCUUUCUCCAGAGAAGGUCAGUGUCCUGGCUUGCCUCCAUCCACUGGCAACCAGGGAUGGAUGCGCAGACAAAUCACACAGGAGGGGACUGGGUUUGUUUGGGGGGAGGGAGUGUUAAUGAUUUCAUGAUUUUCUGCACUAGGAGAAGGACAAUUCUAGCAAGAAACCUAAGAAGAGACAAGAGCUCUUGGCUGGUUGGUCACAGCCUGCCGAGAGAGGAAAUUUGGAAAUUUCCUUUGGAAAUUCAGAGGGAGCAGGGGUUUCCCUGUGCUGAAGAGGAAAUGUUAAUAAACCAACAGAGGGGAAAUCAGAGGAGAACCCACUGCCUACAUAACCAUUUUUUAUUUUUUCCCUUGAAGCAGGCUAAUUACUAUCUAGUCCCCUGUAGCCCACAGCCAGGAUCUACCUUUGCUGCAUCCCACACAAGUUUAAUCUCCAGGGAUGGACAUCCUCAUUUUAAGACCAUCCCUGUCAGUCCCCCAGGACCUCACUACCCAGUACUUCCCCAGCAUUUGUGAAAUCCCACCUUCCAGCCACGCCAAGGCUGUGAGAUCAGGGAGUGCCCAGCUUACAGGAGAUGGGAAUCAGCCCAUGGACUGAGGGUUACCACAUCCCAAGCAGCCAGGAGGCCGCUGGUCCCAAACCCUCCAGUGCUGCUGAGUGGUGGCAUGGGCAGGAGGGGACUGAGAAGAAUGGGAUGUCACAUCACUGUGACUCAUCUGUAGGGACAAUCUGAUGUCACACUCAUGGAAGCCACCACUUGUCUUGAACAGCAGAAGUUGUCAGACCAACCAGAAAUGCUUUGCUCCUUGUAUUCCAGUGCCUAAUUCCCAAGCACACAGAGAGGGCCACACGCCAGACAUCAGGACUUCUUCUCAUUCACUGGAGUGUCACAACCCCCCUCCAGUGCAGCUUCCCAGCAGCUCUAGGUCACUCCUGGCUCCCCAGCCCGCUCUGACCUCAUUGCUAACCCACAUCAUCAUUUCCACUUCACAGGUCCCCCCUCUGCUCCACCCAGCCUGGCCAGGUAAGGAUGUCUUGCCUUCUACUCAUGUUAUCCUGCAGGAGAGUAAGGAUGGCCAAGGUGAGAAAUGCAGCGUGUCCUUGGUCUUGGUAACAAUUUUCUGACCUCAGAGCAGGCUUCUAGGGAAGGGAGAGGGUUGAGCUGAUGGCCAGGUGAGCCAGCGUGAGGGAACAAGGGCUGGACACUGCUGGGAGGAGGUUCUGGCUUGGGCACAGCUGAGAGGAGACCCCAGUAGAGUGAGGAGAAGGGACUGGGCUGCUUUUUGGAGAGACUACAGCCUGCUGUACCAGCAAAGGGCUGACAGAAGUUUAGAUGUGCCAUAAGCCCAGAGCAUGGCUGGAAGGCUGCACACAGGUUGGGAAAGCUGGGGCUGUUCCCCUGCACAAGAGAAGGCUCCAGGGACACCUCAGAGCCCCUGCCAGGGCCUCCAGGGGCUC